AUGGACAUCGACAAGCUUUUCAAAGUGCCCAGGCUUCCUACGAGCUCAAAGCGGAAGAUGCCAGAUAAUCCUACCCUGGAGAUGCUAAAGAAGAUGCGUCUCGAUACUCCCUUGAAUGAGGACUCGGUGGAUUCGGCCAUGGACGUUGAAAUACCUGAAAGCAGCUCGGCUCCUCGCCGACAGUCGCGACGCGCAACUGUAGAAGACGGGGACGACAAAAUGAUUGACACCUCCUUUGCUCCAGGGGGUGACGCGGACUACUUUGUCGAAGAGGAUGGAGAAGGGCGGUUCUACGGAGGAGGACUGACUUCGGAACAGAAACAAAUUUUGAGUAUUUUUGAGAGUGCUGAAGGAGAAGGAACAACGGAAGACCCAGAGGGAAUAUCGAUCACAAGCAUAAGAAGAACGCUACUGAAGUUCAUCGACUCUGAAGCAGACCUCGAUAGUGCGCUUAAAUCUCUUCUAUCUUUGGCACAGUCUCCUGUCCUGGCCUACCCAGAACUCGUGCGUUCAGGUUCUGUCAGUUUACUCAUUGGACUCCUCAGCCAUGACAACGCCGAUAUUGUCAUUGAUGUCGUUGAUGUGAUCCAUGAGCUGACCGACGAAGAUGUUGGGAACGAGCUGGAAGAUGAGGAGGAGCAAGAGGAGGCGCAGGUAGCGCUAAAGACCCUCAUUGAAGCCCUGCUAGAGAAUUCAAUCCUGGAGUUGCUCGUUGAUAAUCUUUCGCGUUUAAACGAGACUGAAGAAUCAGACCGACAGGGUGUUUUCCAUAUUCUCGGCAUAUUUGAAAACAUACUUGGCUUUAACCCUGACCUUUCCCUUAUACUAGUGUCGAAGACCAAGCUGAUGAAUUGGUUGCUCAAUCGCGUCCAGUCCAAGACUCAUGACGAAAACCGUGGCUAUUCCGCAGAGUUGCUUUCCAUUCUUUUACAGAACAAUGCAGCGAACCGUCAAGAUUUUGGCAAGAAAGACGGCGUCGAGAUCGCUCUUAACGUUCUUUCUCAAUUCCGAAGACGUGAUCCAGUUGAUGCAGACGAGACCGAAUUCAUGGAGAAUUUGUUCGACGCUCUUUGUUCUGCGUUGGCCGAGCCUGAGGUCAAGUCUUUUUUCCUCGCGAGCGAAGGUGUCGACCUCAUGCUUCUUAUGAUGAGAGAAAAAUUGCAAUCGAAGUCGAGAGCAAUCAAAACUCUUGAUUAUGCAAUGUCUAGCCCAGCAGGCACCGCCACUUGCGCAAACUUUAUCGAGGUCCUUGGACUGAAGACGCUCUUUGCUACUUUCAUGGGAAAGGGUUCAAAAAAAAUUAAAUCCAAUGCACCAGCAGCAGCUUCCGAAGAUAUCCCACAUAUCCUUGGCAUUAUCUCCUCAUUGUUUUCAAACACUCCGUCGGACUCUCCAGAUCGAAUACGUCUGCUUGCCAAGUUUGUGGAAAAUAAUUAUGAGAAAGCAGAUAAACUACUCGAGGUGCGGGAAAAUGCUCGUAAUCGUCUGAAAGUUGUGGACGCGGAGAUCGCGGCGGAGAAAAAGGAAACCAUUGCUAACGGUGGUGAAAUUGAGUCAGAAGACGAGGAUCUGUUUUAUCUGCGUCGACUGGAGGGCGGACUGUUCACACUGCAGACAGUCGAUUAUAUCCUCGCAUGGGUAGUCAUGGAGGACGAUGGAAUUCGCGGCCAUAUCACACAAAUGCUUGAGCGCAAGAACCAGUCCUUGAAAGAUAUCAUCUCAACCCUUCAAAUAUACCGCGACAACCUCGACGCUGACACACAGAGCAAUGGCCUAGCCACUGAUCACGCUCCAGGAGGUGGAGCACUAUCACAAAAGGAGAUCCUUCAACAUCUCGUCGACUUUCUGCAUGAAUGUUUAUAACGGACAC